AUGCAGUCACAAGCACCCAUCGCCAUCGUCGGCGCUGGCCCGGCAGGUCUUACUCUCGCACGGCUCUUGGAGGUUGCUGAAAUACCGUAUAUUGUCUUUGAACGAGAUGUCUCUGCCACGUGGGCGAAUGAACAUCAGAGCAGUGGUACCCUCGAUCUUCACCCUACCACUGGCCAGGCCGCUCUCGUUGAAGCCGGCUUAUUUCCAAGAUUCCAGUCCCUUGCCCGCUUUGGUGUUCCACUCACAAUAGUCGAUUCUCAAGGGAAGGUCCAUGUUUCUUACUCCCGCGAGGGAGACACAGAAGAGCCAGAGAUAGAUCGAAAGGAUCUGCGAGGCCUACUUCUAAGCUCAGUUCCGGCGUCUAGGAUUCUUUGGGAUCACAAGAUACAACGCAUUGAGAGAGUUGACAAUGGAUCUGUCACGACUCAUUUCGAGAAUCAGCCAUCUAGAUCUGGUUUUCGUCUGGUGGUUGGUGCAGAUGGCGCCUGGUCUAAGAUUCGAGCGACAGUUAUGCCCUCCGAGCCGCAGUAUUCUGGUAUCCAUUUCUUUUCUUCUUAUAUCAAGCCCGAGAACCCAAUCUACCCGUUGGCUGCCUUAAAGGCAGGGAGGGGAAAUUAUCUGGCCUUUGGCACAGAGCGGCAAAUAUUCCUAUAUUGCCUCGGUGAUGGGUCGUACCACGUUUCUGUGGGUCUAAGGCUUUCUGAGAAAACUGUACCUGAAGCUUCCAUCCUCGCGAGUGCAUCGGCCCUAUGGAAUACCGUGCUGCAAGAAUAUUUCGCAGGCUGGGAUUGUGACCUGACAGACUUCGUGCGGUCAUGCGAUGGCAAGUUUCGCUCAUGGCCAUUAUACACCAUGGCCGAAGAUGCGAUCCCGUCCUGGAAUCAUGUUUCGGGAGUAACACUUGUUGGCGAUGCUGUACAUUUGACAGUACCAACUGGAGAUGGAGUCAACAAUGCCAUGCAUGAUAGCGUCGAUCUGGCGAAGCACAUCAUUUCUCAUGGCAUCAAUGACCUGGAGUCGGCAACAUUAGCAUACGAGGAGGCGAUGCGGCCGCGUGCGGUGAAAACAAUUCAGAAAGGUCACUGGAUGACCCAUCAUAUGUUCUUAGCUGCAGGCGCGGAAGAGAUGUUGGCUGCAAUGGGGGCUGAUGGUGGAGAGGCGUAA